GCCUUGGUGGCACUGGUUCAGGUGUCAACCCUGUCUUUGCUUGGCAUGCUGCCAUUAACGCUGCUCGUCAAGCACAGGGCGAUGGUGCAAAGCCCGACAUGAGUUCACAGCCCUCAGUUUGCACCACUGCACCAGCUCCUGUGGGCUCACUGGCGCAGAGGAAGAGGCAGCAGUACGCCAAAAGCAAAAAGCAGGGAGGAUCUACUAACAGCAGACCGCCCAGAGCUCUGUUCUGCCUCACCCUCAACAACCCGAUCCGCAGGGCCUGCAUCAGCCUGGUGGAGUGGAAACCAUUUGAUAUCUUUAUACUGCUGUCUAUUUUUGCCAACUGUGUGGCCUUAGCCAUCUACAUCCCCUUUCCUGGAGACGACUCCAACUCUACCAACCAAGAACUGGAAACAGUAGAAUAUGCCUUCCUGAUCAUUUUCACUAUAGAGACAUUUCUAAAAAUUAUUGCCUAUGGUCUGGUCAUGCACCAAAACUCUUAUGUCAGAAAUGGCUGGAACAUGCUGGACUUCGUCAUCGUCAUUGUGGGGUUGUUCAGUGUGGUUCUGGAGAUGAUAACCAAAGACGCUGACUCUGGCGGCCAGUCUGGAGGCAAACCUGGGGGGUUUGACGUCAAGGCCCUUCGAGCCUUUCGCGUGCUACGACCCCUUCGCCUUGUCUCAGGAGUUCCCAGUUUACAGGUGGUUUUAAACUCCAUUAUUAAAGCCAUGGUUCCUCUGCUUCACAUCGCUUUGCUGGUCCUUUUCGUCAUUAUCAUCUACGCCAUCAUCGGCCUGGAGCUCUUUAUUGGCAAAAUGCAUGCCACGUGCUACGUGAUACAAACAGGUGCCCUCGCGGAAGAAGAGGCCACGCCGUGUGCAGUAUCAGGGCAUGGCCGUCAUUGCCUGCUCAAUGGUACAGUUUGCAGAGAGGGCUGGCAAGGCCCCAACAAUGGCAUCACCAACUUCGACAAUUUUUUAUUUGCCAUGCUCACUGUAUUCCAGUGUAUCACCAUGGAGGGCUGGACCGACGUUCUCUACUGGAUGAAUGAUGCAAUGGGCUUUGAGCUGCCGUGGGUCUACUUUGUCAGUCUUGUGAUCUUUGGAUCCUUCUUUGUCCUCAACUUGGUUUUGGGUGUGUUGAGUGGAGAGUUUUCCAAAGAGCGAGAAAAGGCCAAAGCUCGGGGAGAUUUUCAGAAGCUACGUGAGAAGCAGCAGUUAGAGGAAGACCUGAAGGGCUACCUGGACUGGAUCACCCAGGCCGAGGACAUCGACCCCGAGAAUGAGGAGGAGGGAGACGAGGAGAGCAAGCGUAACCGGGUCACGCUGGCUGACCUCACUGAGAAGAAGAAAGGAAAGUUUGGCUGGUUCACUCAGUCCACAGAGACACAUGCGAGCAUGCCCACUAGUGAGACCGAGUCUGUGAACACAGAGAAUCACAAUGGAGUGGAGGACAAAUCACCCUGCUGUGGACCUCUGUGUCGUCAGUGGCGACGGUGGAACCGUUUCUGUCGCAGGAAGUGUCGUGCAGCCGUGAAAUCUGUAACGUUUUACUGGCUGGUCAUCAUCUUGGUGUUCCUCAACACUCUCACCAUUGCCUCUGAGCACUACAACCAGCCAGACUGGCUGACUGAAGUACAAGAUGUAGCCAACAAAGUUCUCCUGGCAAUGUUCACCUUGGAGAUGUUAGUGAAGAUGUACAGUUUGGGGCUGCAGGCCUACUUUGUGUCCCUGUUUAACCGCUUUGACUGUUUCGUGGUGUGUGGAGGCAUCAUAGAGACCAUCCUGGUGGAACUGGCCAUCAUGUCUCCGCUGGGCAUCUCUGUUUUCCGCUGCGUACGUCUCCUGAGGAUCUUCAAGGUUACACGUCAUUGGGCCUCUCUCAGUAACCUGGUGGCCUCUCUGCUCAACUCCAUGAAAUCCAUCGCCUCCUUGUUGCUGCUGCUCUUCCUCUUCAUCAUCAUUUUCUCCUUGCUUGGCAUGCAGCUUUUUGGGGGAAAGUUCAACUUUGACGAGACUGUGACCAAAAGGAGCACGUUUGAUAACUUCCCCCAGGCCCUGCUCACUGUGUUCCAGAUCUUGACAGGAGAAGACUGGAAUACGGUGAUGUAUGAUGGCAUCAUGGCGUACGGCGGUCCGGCCUCCUCUGGAAUGGUGGUCUGCAUUUACUUCAUCAUCCUCUUCAUCUGUGGAAACUACAUCCUGCUAAACGUCUUCUUGGCCAUUGCUGUUGACAACCUGGCAGAUGCGGAGAGCCUCAACACAGCACAGAAGGAGGAAGAAGAGGCCAAGAAGAGGAAGAAUAGUGCCAAGAAUGCAAGCACAGAUAAGAAGAGAGUUGAAAUAAACGAAGGGAAGGAUGGCGAGGCCACGGUGCCAGCAGCGGUCUUGCUGGAGGAAGACAAGGAGUUGUAUCCUACUGUUGACUCUCCAGUGUGCGACGAUGACAACAAUAACGAUGACCUCCCAGAAGUCCUGCCAGGGCCACGCGCUCAGAGGCUGUCUGAACUCAGCAUCAAAGAGAAGACACCCCCCAUCCCAAGGGGCAGUGCCUUCUUCAUCUUCAGCAGCACUAACCCGUUUCGUGUAUUCUGCCAUAAGCUGAUCAACCAUCAGAUUUUCACCAACCUCAUCCUGGUUUUCAUCAUGCUCAGCUCCGUCUCUCUGGCUGCUGAGGACCCAAUACGCAACUUCUCUGCUCGCAAUAUUAUCCUAGGCUAUGCAGACUAUGUCUUCACUAGUAUGUUUACAUUUGAGAUCCUUAUUAAGAUGACAGCGUUUGGAGCAUUCCUACAUAAAGGGGCAUUCUGCAGAAACUACUUCAAUCUUUUAGACCUGCUGGUUGUUGGUGUGUCUCUGGUCUCCUUUGGCAUUCAGUCCUCUGCAAUCUCAGUGGUGAAGAUUCUCCGUGUUUUGAGGGUCCUCCGUCCGCUCAGGGCCAUCAACAGAGCCAAGGGACUAAAGCACGUGGUCCAGUGUGUGUUUGUGGCCAUCAGGACCAUCGGCAACAUCAUGAUCGUCACCACGCUGCUGCAGUUCAUGUUCGCUUGUAUCGGAGUGCAGCUCUUCAAGGGGAAAUUUUAUCGCUGCACUGAUGACGCAAAGUCCAGCCCAGAGGAGUGCAAAGGUACCUACAUUCUCUACAACAACGGGGACACAGCGCUGCCCAUGGUGAAAGAGAGGAUCUGGUACAACAGUGACUUCAACUUUGACAACGUCCUCAUGGCCAUGAUGGCUCUUUUUACUGUCUCCACCUUUGAAGGAUGGCCCACUCUAUUGUACAAGGCCAUUGACUCUAACAGAGAGAACAUGGGUCCCAUCUACAACUACCGCAUCGAGAUCUCCAUCUUCUUCAUCAUCUACAUCAUCAUCAUCGCCUUCUUCAUGAUGAACAUCUUUGUCGGUUUUGUUAUCGUCACCUUUCAGGAGCAGGGAGAGAAGGAAUACAAGAACUGUGAGCUGGACAAGAACCAGCGUCAGUGUGUGGAAUAUGCUCUUAAAGCUCGUCCUCUGCGGCGCUACAUCCCCAAAAACCCCUACCAGUACAAGUUCUGGUAUGUGGUCAACUCUACUGGCUUUGAGUACGUCAUGUUUGUCCUAAUCAUCCUCAACACCCUGUGUCUGGCUAUUCAGCACCAUGGUCAGUCUCAUCUGUUCAACUAUGCCAUGGACAUCCUCAACAUGGUCUUCACUGGGGUUUUCACUGUGGAGAUGAUCCUCAAGCUCAUCGCCUUCAAACCCAGAGGCUAUGUCGGGGACGCCUGGAACGUCUUUGAUGCUCUGGUGGUGAUUGGCAGUGUAGUCGACAUCAUACUCAGCCAGAACUAUUUUGCUGAUGCAUGGAACACGUUUGAUGCCUUAAUUGUUGUGGGUAGCGUGGUUGACAUUGCCAUCACUGAGAUCAAUAACACUGAGGACAGUGCUCGCAUCUCAAUCACCUUCUUCCGCCUGUUCAGAGUGAUGCGAUUGGUCAAACUGCUGAGCAGGGGGGAGGGCAUCAGGACUCUGCUAUGGACCUUCAUCAAGUCCUUCCAGGCUCUUCCCUAUGUUGCACUCCUAAUAGCCAUGCUGUUCUUCAUCUAUGCUGUAAUUGGAAUGCAGGUGUUUGGGAAAAUAGCAAUGGUGGAUGGAACACAAAUCAACCGCAACAACAACUUUCAAACCUUUCCUCAAGCUGUUCUGAUGCUCUUCAGGUGUGCCACAGGUGAGGCCUGGCAGGAGAUUAUGUUGGCCUGUCUGCCAGGGAAACUGUGUGAUUCAGAGUCGGACUACAACCCCGGAGAGGAGAGAACCUGCGGCAGCGGCUUCGCCAUUAUCUACUUCAUCAGCUUCUACAUGCUCUGUGCUUUCCUGAUCAUCAACCUCUUUGUAGCAGUCAUCAUGGAUAACUUUGACUAUCUGACCCGUGACUGGUCCAUUCUUGGGCCGCAUCACCUGGAUGAGUUUAAAAGGAUCUGGUCCGAAUACGACCCUGAAGCCAAGGGCAGGAUAAAGCACCUUGAUGUGGUGACUCUGCUGAGGAGGAUCCAGCCUCCACUGGGCUUUGGCAAGCUCUGCCCUCACAGAGUGGCCUGUAAGCGUCUGGUGGCGAUGAACAUGCCCCUUAACAGUGACGGAACUGUAAUGUUUAAUGCCACCUUGUUCGCUCUGGUCCGCACUGCUCUCAAGAUUAAGACUGAGGCGGUGUCAGUCCGUUGGACUCCUUGUCGUCAGGAAAGCCCAUAUGCUAAAUCAACAUUUUGCCACAAGAGGGAGUUAAAGAUGUUCAGUAACCUGGAGCAAGCCAAUGAGGAGCUUAGAGUUGUGAUCAAGAAGAUCUGGAAGAGAACCAGCAUGAAGCUGCUGGACCAAGUGGUGCCCCCUGCAGGUGAUGACGAGGUAACAGUGGGGAAGUUCUAUGCCACCUUCCUGAUACAGGACUACUUCAGGAAGUUCAAGAGGCGCAAAGAGCAAGGUCUUGUGGGUAGGCGCUCAUGGGAGAGGCUGAACACCACCAUGGCUCUACAGGCUGGCUUGCGCACGCUGCAUGACAUUGGACCAGAGAUCCGUCGAGCCAUAUCAUGUGACCUGCAACAGGAAGGGCUAGUAGAUGCAAAUGCAGAGGAAGAAGAGGAAAUCUACAGGCGUAAUGGCGGUCUUUUUGGGAACCAUGUCAACCAUGUCAGUGCGGACCAGCAAGGCUACUCCCACCUGACCACUGUCACCCAACGGCCGUUACAGAUCCUGCCCUUCUCCUGCAGUGCCUCAGUUGAACCCAUCCAAACAGGCAGGAGAGCCAGCGAAGAGGAGGAGACAGAUAUGAACUCUUCACACAUCCAGUAUAAUCAUCAUCAUCACACCCCUCAUCCAUAUAAUUAUCCUUACUGUAUUUCCACUUGCCAUCAAUCGCCAAUACCCUCCAAUGCCAACCUCAACAAUGCCAACGUGCCCUUACUUCUCUCCAUGACCAAUGGGAGGCAGCAGAAGUGUUUGUUAAGGCGAGACCGUCCAUCCUCCGCCAAAAAUGGAUCAUCAGUGUCCACUUGCAGCAAAGGAGUACAUGACAAGCUUUGGAAGUCACACUCCACAAGGUCAGAAAGCAGUGGUGGACUCUACCCAACCAUUCGCCGCGAGGAACGGGGGGGCGGGGACAGUGAUGAUGAACGAGGCUCAGGAGAGUACUACAGCGGGGAGGAGUUUCAUGAUGAUGACAUCAUGCUGACAAGGGACAGGUUAUCCAACAAGGACCACCAUGAUGCAGAGGGAGACCUUGACCUUGAGGUUUCCAGGGGCGACCACCAGCCUGAUGGUUACUAUAACGAUGAACAACAGCCGAUCUGCCAAGAUGGCAGAAGGUCACCCAGGAGAUGGUUUUUACCUUCACCUCAAGCCUCCAACAGACCAACAUUCAGUUUUGAGUGUCUUCGCAGAAGAAAUAGUCAGGAUGAGGCUCCUCCCUCUCCAUCCUGCACAGCUCUUCCACUACACCUGGUGCAGCAACAGGUAAUGGCUGUGGCCGGUCUCGAUGCCAGCAGAAUUCACCACCUGUCUCCUGCACGGUCACUACGCUCCUGGGCCACACCUCCCGCAUCACCCAUCAGACGCGACUGCUCGCCCUGCUACACACCACUCAUACAGGUGGAUUGGCGCAGUUCCGGCAGCGUCGGCAGCAUCCCCACAGCAGUGAAGAGGAGUUCGUGGUAUACAGACGGCCAGGAAGGUCCUCCCAGCCGCAGUCACUCUCCGUCACGUCUGCAUUUGCCUGCAGAGAGCUGCUCACACUUCCUGCAGAAGAGAGGCAGUGCCAACAGUCUGGUGGAGGCUGUGUUGAUCUCCGAGGGUCUGGGGAAAUACGCCAGGGACCCCAAGUUUGUGUCAGUGACCAAACAUGAAAUUGCAGACGCCUGCGAGAUGACCAUCGAUGAGAUGGACAGCGCUGCUAGUAACCUCCUGAAUGGGAGUAUGGAUAACAGCAACACUGUGGGAACGGGGAAAGUCAGCUCGGACCCACAUGCCACCGCACUUCUUAGAGACAACAUUAUCCGUGACUACAGCGAUGAGGAGCCGUACGUGGCUGUGAAAUGCGAGGAGGACCUUACAGAUGAGAUGAUAUGCAUCACGUCGCUAUAGCAGCGGCUCACACUGGAUUAUUUAGGUUUUUUUCAAUUGAAUUUCGACUCCUAUUCCACAGUGAAGUGAUGUCUCUGUUCAAGGGAAUCCUGCUGCAGAAAAUAUAAAACACGGAUGGAUAAGAGAA